AUGGACAUUGACGUGGAAGAAGCUGCUUUAGAACAAGUGGCAGCUUUGCUUCAACGCCCAGAUCAACUGGAAAAAUUACCUGAACUCAAAAAAAGAGCUGACCGAAAGAAACUUGCCGUUGAAGCAAUGCUCCGAACAGGAGUACAAGGUCAGUUAGAGGGAAUACGAACAGCGAUUGCACAUUUACAAACAGCUUCCGAUGAUAUUACUGCCAUUUCGCAUGGUGUGAAAGAUAUUCGUGAACGUCUGAAACCUUUUCCUCAACUAAAAGAAAAACUUCGAGAGCUUCGCGAUGCAAAUGCUCGACAUGGUCAAUAUGCCGCAGCCAUGGAAAAUCUGAAGCAUAUAUUCAAUCUACAAACAACUCUUCAAGAAAUUCGCGAUGCAUUAGAUGAUGAAAAAUCUGGAGGAAAUCUAUUAUUGGCCCAUAAACAUAUUAUGGAUUUAGAAAGAGCACGUGACGAACUACUGGCAGAAGUACAUAAAAUGAGUGGUACAAAUACAGAAAAAGAACAAAAUCUUCUUAUAAACUUUUUCAAAGGAGUCGACACAGUUGUUGCUGAACUUUCAAAAAAUAUGUGGUUUAUUCUCGGGAGAACACUAGAAAUGGUCAAGGGAAAUGAACAAGGAGGUGGUCCACAACAAGUUGUGACAUGUCUACGAAUUGUUGAAAGAGAAGAAAGAAUUGAUAAGUUUUAUAUGGAUGCUCGAAGUAAAAACUCCUCGGCUUUCGUUCCACCUGGGAGACCGCGAAACUGGAAAGAAAAGGCAUUGAGAUCAUUGGAAAAAACUGUUGCCAAUCGGGUUGAUGGGAAUCAACUCGAAGAUCGAUCACUCAAUAAAGCAUGGCUUGCUCGGUAUCUCGAAGUUUGUAGAAAUGUCAUUAUGGAUGAUUUACAAUUGGCAAAAGUUGCGAUUCCUUGUUUUCCCCCAGAUUGGCAAAUUUAUGAUAGAUAUGUUCACAUGUAUCACAGUUCUGUCUGUAGAAGACUACGCGAAAUCGCUUCGGAACGCCUCGAAAAGAGCGAAUUGGUCCAAUUGAUGUCAUGGAUUAAAUUCUACGCAUCUGAAGAUAUGCUCGGCCAUCCAAGAUUGAAAAUUAAUGCUCAAGCCAUUCUUCAAGACAGUCCAGUUCUGACGAGGAGCACUCUCAAUCAAUUAUGUGAUCAAUUUGUUGAGAUGUCUAGAGAAGAUUUGAAACUUUGGCUGAAAAACACUGUAUCUCAUGAGACUCUAGAUUGGUACAAAAACGUCCGACCCAGUGAGGAUAAUCAUGGAUAUUUCUACACAGAUUUGCCGAACACUGUUUUUGGAAUGCUGAAAGACACGAGCAUAGGAGGAGAGAACUCACAGGGCGAUGUUCUUUUGAUUCCCACAUAA